UAAUCCUGCAGCCAGAUAUAGACUAUAACUAAUAUAAAAAAAAACUUUUUUUCCUAUUUUUUUCAAGGGACUUCAGUGUAGUGUUUGAAUUAAUGUAAACAGUUCUUGCUGAAAAGAGAGCUAAUUACUGCAAAAAAGCUAAUUGUGCUGUAUAAUUAUUAUCAAUUACGAAGAGACUCCAGGGCAAAAUAAUCGCUUUUGUGUUGUGAUAUCAACAAUAAAGAAACAUGUAUGUUUAGUGUUGUGUCUUGUGAUAUCAACAGUAACGAGAUAGAGAUUUACUGUGCUACAUUGAAACUUUUGUUGUGAUAUUAACAUAAACAAGAUAGAGUCUUUUACUGUGCUAUAUUGACUCUUUUGUGUUGUACUUUGCCAUAACAUGGUAGGGAAAGGAAGUGUUAAAUGCUCAAAAUGUGGCAUAAUAUCAAAAGAAGAUUGUUCCUUAACCUUCCAUAGGUUUCCUCUUCCGUCCAAGCAUGGGUCUCUGAAGGCUAAAGUUUGGGCUAAAUUUUGUUUUCCUGAUGGUGAUUGGACAUCCAAUGAAUCAUUAGAAAAGUUGUACGCACAGCAUAGGAUGCUAUGUGGCAAUCAUUUUGAUGAUUCUUCAUUUACCAGCAGCGACAGGAAAAGACUUAACAAGUUUGCUAUUCCAUCUGCAGCUCAAAGUAUACUUUCCCAAUUAAGAGACGAACAGUGUAGUCCAUCAAAAGCAAGUCAUGUGACCAACCUCCAAGUAGUGUUUGAACCUCGUGGGCUGAUACCUCCAGUAUUCACCCCUUUGAAUGAAGACCUCACUGUAAAUUACAAAGAAAUUUCAAGUUAUGCAGAUUAUAUGGUUGUGAAUGGAAUCAAAGCUGUAUUAGUCGGCGGCACAACUGGGGAGCAUAUGUCUUUGUCUGUUAGCGAUAGAAAGAAAAUUAUAGAAGCAUGGGUGAAAACCAAGCCUCGAAGUGGUCUUCACAUCAUGGUACAAGUCGGUGGUGCUCCAAUGGCUGAUGUCUUAGAAUUGGCAAAAUUCUGCGCAUCAGCAAACGUGGAUUCGCUGCUGACCCUACCUGAAUUGUACUUCAAGCCAAAGACAGUUACGGAGUUGGUGAACUAUGUGGAGCUGGUGUCGAAAGCUGCGCCAAAUCUUCCUGUCCUUUACUACCAUAUACCUAGUAUGAGUAAAGUAGAAAUAAACAUGCCAGCCUUUGUAACAGAGGCCACGUCUAAAAUACCAAACUUCAAGGGGAUUAAGUUCACGUCAAAUGAUCUAAGCGAAGGUGUACAAGUUAAACGCAAUCUGAAAGAAGACCAGGAGGUGUUCCUUGGUGCUGAUACGUUACUAGCGCCAGCUGCACUCCUUGGUAUCAAGUCUAGUAUCGGAACAUCGUUCAAUUUAUUCCCAAAGCUGGCUCAAAAUAUACUGGGUGCUGUGGAAAAUGGUGAUGUUAAAAAGGCUAAUUCGCUGCAAAGAACUCUUAGUCUGGCCAUAGAAGCUCAUUUGCCUGAAGGUGACUGGGUUCCAAUAAUGAAAUUUGGAAUGGAGAUUGCAUCAGGCCUGACGAUGGGACCACCAGCUUUGCCCCAACAACCAAUCUCGACCGAAUCAAGAAAUAGAAUAGUUGCCAGAUUGAAACUACUUAAGAUGAUUGAAUGAAUGAAAUUUGACAUUGACAUAAUUCAUGAAUGUUAUUAAUGAAGUUGACAUUUUUAAUAAACAAUUAAAUC